AGCUAGAGGGGUAGGAAAAAAAACCUCCACCACGACCAAAGUAGCCGAAAGACAUGGAGAUGGUUUGCGAAAGUGGGACGUGUAGACCGUAUCGGACACCGAGCGAGCCGGGUCGUCACACUCGUUCUAUGCAGUGAUGCACUUUGCUGGGCUGAAAGCGGUGGGAGAAUCAGUGGAGCAGCCGUUACGCUACUACAGGGUCAACCUCACAGGCACAAUCAACCUACUGGAGGACUGGAAUGCGGUGUUGCUCAGGUACUUCAACCCCAUCGGUGCUCACAUCUCAGGACAGAUCGGUGAGGACCCACAGGGAAUACCAAAUAACCUUCUACCCUGUGUGGCACAGGUUGCUAUUGGAAGAAGAAAACAUCUGAAUGUGUUUGGAAAUGACUACAACACAGUUGAUGGAACAGGAGUGAGGGAUUACAUUCAUGUAGUGGAUCUGGCAAAGGGACACAUUGCUGCACUCAAGAAACUGAAGGACAACUGCGGCUGCAAGGUGUAUAAUCUGGGCACAGGUACUGGCUACUCUGUGCUGCAGAUGGUGAAGGCUAUGGAGAAAGCUUCCGGAAGAGAGAUUGCAUAUCAGAUUGCCCCCCGGCGGAGCGGAGACAUCGCGUCGUGCUAUGCAGACCCUCGUCUGGCGGAAAAAGAGCUGGGCUGGAAGGCCAAUUUUGACCUAGAGAGAAUGUGUGAAGACUUGUGGCGCUGGCAGUCCCAGAAUCCCACCGCGUUCAGCAACGGCACGGUGCAGUGAAACAGACCCACUCAGGAGAGACCCUGACAGCGAGAGCCAUGAAAUCCUUCAUUUUUAUACGACUUGAUUUCACCUGGAAGAAACCUCAUGACACAAUGAAUGAUUUACAUUCCUAACACUGUUAUUUCUACCUGUUUUCUUUAAAUUAUUAUCAUCCAGCUUUAUCUCCUUAAUGAACCUUACGUGUAUUUUUAAUUGUUUCUUGAUUCCAUUUCUAAUCUAUUGGUCCAAAUUUCACUUUAUCUCUGUACCUCUCGAUUAAUUUAAGUCUUUAUAUUCAGAUUAACUUUAUUCUUUUUGGUAAAAAUGUUGGAUUACUGAUGGGUUUUUUUUAGUCUUGUUUAGUUUUUUUCAUCCAACUUGGCUUCAGUUCAUAACUGCAUUGAAGUCAAAUACAAGAACAAAACAGGUGCUUUUUUUGCAACUAACAUAAUGAAAGUUAUGUAAUAAAAAGGGAUUUGUGGAUAUAAA